ACGAUAUUUGUCCCACCGCCUGUACAUGACGUCUUGGGUUGGUAACUGUGGGGGGAUGUAAGAGGCUAGCCUUUGAAUAGUCAAGACGCUCUCUGUGCUGGGGGAAUUGAAUAAACUUAAGGAAAAACUUUCGUACACAUGCACGGGUUUUGAUGCAUCUCAAGGAAAAUGGGAGAUAAAGUCGAGAAAGGCCCCCACAACCGUAAAAGGCGAACCACCAUCACCGGAGGAGUGGGGCCAAGUUGGAAAGCUACUAAGUCUGAUGGAGAAACUAACAGUGUCACGAACCACAGUGUUCAUCAGAAGGCGAAGGAAGAAAAGACACAAGAGUUCCCCGCGGUAGCAAGAAAGGACAAGGGGAAACACGAUAACCACUACGACAAACUCAGAUGCCACAGGCAGCAGGAGUCCCUGCUCAGCUCAGCCAGUGGCUACAGUAACUACAGAGGGAUCCUCAACUGGUGUGUUGUCAUGCUAGUAUUGAGCAAUGCACGACUUUUCCUAGAGAACCUAAUAAAAUAUGGUAUACUAGUGGACCCAAUCCAAGUUGUUUCACUGUUCUUAAAGGACCCUUAUAGCUGGCCUGCUCCAUGCCUUGUAAUUGUGUCAAAUACAUUUAUAAUCAUAGCUUUGUACAAUGAGAGGAAGUUGUCUGUGGGUACUUUUUCUGAGAGGGUUGGGCUGUUUGUUCACUUCCUCAACCUUUCCACAAUCCUCUGUUUCCCUGCUGCUGUUGUGUUAAUGGUUAACUCCAUGACUCCAGUUGGUGGAUUAUUCGUACUUGGAGUCUACACCAUCCUGUUCCUGAAGUUGUACUCCUAUAAAGACGUGAACAAGUGGUGCAGGGAAAUUCGGCAAGCCAACGCCCGCAGCCUGUCCAGAUCGCAGUCGUAUCCAAUGGUCGAGAAGGCUAAUGGCUCAGCAAUUCAGGCUCAAACAACCUAUCCCGGGAAUCUCACACACAGAGAUAUGUACUAUUUUAUUUUUGCGCCCACCCUGUGCUACGAGUUAAAUUUUCCCCGCUCUCCUCGAAUACGCAAGCGCUUCCUCUUGAGGAGGCUUUUUGAAAUGCUUUUCUUCAUACAGUUGUUGGUAGGAUUAAUUCAACAGUGGAUGGUUCCAACAAUUCAAAAUUCCAUGAAACCAUUUAAGGACAUGGACUUUUCAAGAAUGAUCGAGCGGCUCCUGAAGCUGGCUGUUCCCAAUCACUUAAUCUGGCUGAUAUUUUUCUAUUGGUUUUUCCACUCCUCCAUGAAUUUUGUAGCUGAGCUCAUGCAGUUCGGAGACCGCGAGUUCUACAGGGACUGGUGGAACUCUGAAACGGUGACAUACUUUUGGCAGAACUGGAAUAUUCCUGUCCACAAGUGGUGCCUCCGCCACUUUUACAAACCCAUACUGAAGAGAGGAGUGGGUAAAUGGGCAGCACAGACUGCUGUAUUCUUGGCUUCAGCUUUCUUUCAUGAGUAUCUCGUCAGUGUUCCUCUGAAGAUGUUCCGCCUGUGGGCCUUCAUGGGUAUGAUGGCGCAGAUUCCCCUAGCGUGGUUUGUGGGCAGAUUCCUGAGAGGCAACUAUGGCAAUGCGGCCGUGUGGAUUUCGCUCAUAAUCGGGCAGCCCAUCGCAGUGCUCAUGUACGUCCACGAUUACUACAUUCUGAACUUCGAAGAGACCCCGGCGGCGGCUGUGCAACACUGAAACGGAGUGACUCCAGAGGCCUUGAAACACUGAUGCAAAAAUAUCCCUUUCUAGAGUUUUAUUUUUUAAAUUGGGGGUGGGAGGGGGGAAUAUGUUUUUCGAAAUGAAAUUUGGGAGGGAAAAGGUGCAUUCGUUCGUCUAACUGGAAUACAGCGAGGGGUUAUUUGUAGAAAUGGAUAAAAAGGGCAAUCAUUUCCCGUCCAGUAACGAGGGAUCUUUAAAGGAAACAUGCUGGCUUUGUUCAUGGCAUUGCUCAUAGUGGUGUUCUAUUUCCUGGUACUCUGCACUUUACUACUGCAGCUUCUGGGCUCUUAUAGUAUGUGCAUCAACUUUGAAACACUGCCCAGGUGAAAUUUCAAUAAAUGUUUUUAUGCUGUUUUUCUUUUUUUUUUUUACUUGAAAACUCUACUCUUCCUGUAAAAUAUGAUCAAUGCAAAGUAUCCCCUUUUUCAUUGCUUUUCACAAUGUCAAAGAGGCAUACCUGGAUGCCUUAUUAGAUGUUACUAGAUGAUACUUUGACUACGGUUUCUUUUUAAGGAGAUUACCUAUUGCUUUUGUUUGACAUUAAUGCUGUAAGAGACACAGACACUGAAGUAAUAGGAAUAGGUUCAGUUUGGCUUGGUUUUGAGUAAAUGCAGCAAGAUCUAAAGCACCCUUUGAUUCAAUUUAAA